UAUCUCUCUUUUUUACGAUCAUAAUGUUGGCCUGUGAAAGAAUCUUGGGAUGCUCCGACAUAAGGAGCAUUGUCGUCCAUGUCAUCUUCGGACGAUGGUUCGUGUUGUUUGCUUCACUCAUAAUCAUGACGGUGGCAGGAGCAACGUACAUGUUUAGCUUGUAUUCAAACGACAUCAAAUCGACUUUGGGUUACGACCAAACAACAUUGAAUUUGUUGAGUUUUUCUAAAGAUUUGGGUGCAAACGUUGGUAUUUUGUCUGGACUUAUUAACGAGGUUACGCCGCCGUGGGUGGUUUUGUCCAUUGGCGCUGUAACGAAUUUCUUUGGUUACUUUAUGAUUUGGCUCGCUAUUACUCAUCGAAUCUCCACUCCCAAGGUUUGGCAAAUGUGUCUUUAUAUUUGUAUUGGAGCCAAUUCUCAAUCCUUUGCUAAUACAGGUUCGAUGGUCACUUGUGUCAAGAAUUUUCCUCAAAGUCGUGGCGCCGUUCUUGGUAUCUUAAAGGGAUACAUCGGGCUGAGCGGCGCCAUAAUAACACGACUCUUCCACGCAUUUUAUGGCGCCGACGCGAAAUCCUUAAUUCUCUUCAUCGGAUGGCUCCCGCCGGCGAUUUCCUUUGCAUCUAUACCGAUAGUUCGUAUCAUGAAAGUCAUCCGACAACCAAAAGAGCUCAAAGUCUUCUACAAUUUUCUUUACAUUUCUCUUGCUCUCGCCGGGUUCCUAAUGUUAAUGAUCAUUGUAGAGAGUAAAACAGAGUUCACUCAAAAUCAAUACGGUGGCAGCGUCGCGGUCCUCCUCCUCCUUCUCCUACUCCCACUCGUCGUUGUUGUCAUCGAAGAAUACAAUCUCUGGAAACUCAAAACCGCUCCCGUUAAAUCCCCAACUCCCUCUGUUCAAAUCGUUACAGAGCAACUCCCGAAAACAGAGCAUCCAAAACAAGAACAAAAAGAACCAUCUUGUUGGAGAACAAUUUUCAGCCCACCAGAACGCGGCGAGGAUUUCACAAUUCUUCAAGGUCUCUUCAGCGUCGACAUGCUGAUUGUAUUCACAUCAGCGGCUUGCGGCUUGGGAGGAACGUUAACGGCAAUCGACAAUUUGGGGCAAAUCGGGAUGUCUUUGGGAUACCCAAAAAAAAGCAUUAGCACAUUUGUAACGUUAGUCAGCAUUUGGAAUUACCUCGGCCGAGUUGCCUGUGGUUUCUUCUCUGAAAUCGUUUUGAUAAAAUACAAAUUCCCUCGUACUUUAAUAUUUUCACUGAUCCUUCUAUUGUCCUGUGUCGGCCAUUUGAUGAUCGCAUUUGACGUCCCAAAUGGGAUAUACGUUGCUUCCAUCGUAAUCGGAUUCUGCUUUGGAGCACAAUGGCCGUUAAUUUUCGCCAUAAUUUCAGAUCUUUUUGGGUUGAAAUAUUACUCAACGCUUUACAAUUUCGGGUCAGUGGCGAGUCCAAUUGGGCUAUAUGUUCUGAAUGUGAAAGUGGCUGGGAAUUUCUAUGACAGAGAAGCAGAGAAGCAGCUCAGAGCGAAAGGGAUUAUACGAAAAGCAGGGGAAGAAUUGAAGUGCUAUGGAGGGGAAUGUUUUAAGCUUUCGUUCAUCGUAAUCACUGCAGUUUCUUUGAUGGGUAUGUUUAUUUCAUUGAUUUUAGUGAUUAGAACAAGAAGUUUCUACAAAAGUGAUAUUUACAAAAAGUUUAGAGAUGAAGCCGAAACAGAGGUGGCCGGAAAUGAGGCUGCGGCGACGACCGGAGCAGCAGAAGUGACAGAGAAAACUAUAAUACAUAGAAGAAGUUGAAAAGUGGAGUAAAAUCCAAUAAAAUGUUUGAAGCAAAGAGAUGAGAAAGACAGAUUUGAGAGACCUUUUUUUCCCCUCAUCUCUGUCCUUUGAUUGAAGGCACAAUGUUUCAUCAUCCUAUUGUAUUGUAAUAUUAAGGUUCUUAAUAGGGUUUAUAUUUAAAGAAAGUUGCAUGUUGUCAUUGAAGAAUUGAUUAAUCUAUAAACUUUUUACUUUU